AUGCUUAUGAGCGGCAAUCAGGGGGCACCAGGAAGGCGAAGAAGAGACUCACUGCGACGUCUAGGACACGUCUCGAUCCUUUCUUUGAUUGUGGCGUUUACAACCGGUCUUUUAUUGGGAACACAGCUGCCGUCCCAUCGGGUUCAGCCGGCCAUCCCCGUUGGCAUCCCCACUAUUAAGGAUCGCGAGGAGGAGCAGCUCCCGUUAGAAACGCCUUCACCUCCUCCGUCUUUGCCAGAGGAAGGCGAAGCAGCGCUAGGCGCCACCGAAGUGCAUGAGGCAAGUCUUGUGGGUCCACAGCUGCCGCCUUACGACGAAUGGGGUUUGCCAUCCCUUAAUUACUUCGAGCAGACGCUGUCGCCUGUGUUGAAGCAAGGCAGAGAGGAAAUAUCUUCUUUACUUCACACAUUGAGCCUAAGCACAGAUGAACCCGACGACAUUUCAAAGGCCGUACAGCGGGGAGCAGCUAGGGUUCUGUCAAGAGGAGAGAAUGACGAGUUGGUUGGAAUGACUAUCACUCUACGGGAUGUUGAGCCGAUAAAAGCCAGGACGGAAAACCAGUAUGUGCCGCGCUCAUUUCUUGUCAGGAGGGUCCUGAGCGUCCGAACCCCUAGUAUAGUAAUGGAAGUAGAGGAUAUCACGACUGGGAAUCUGCAUACCAUGCGACUCCGAUGGGUUUAUGGGGACUCAAUCCGUGAGUUCGAAGAGGAAGAGAUGCUUGUGACUUUUAUGAAAGACCGGGCGAAAGCGGAGGAGUCCAUUGCACGGCAAGCAUCCCUCGGUACACCGGCUCAUUUGGUGGCAACGCAGAAGGGUUUUGCAGUUCCUUUGUACGUCGGCAACGCCGAAAACGUUCCAGAUGCAAUUUCAGAGGGUAGAUUCUACUAUUUCCGUCGCGUCCAGAUCCUCGAACGGCUGCACGGAGAAUUCAGUUUUGCCUCUCUCAUCACAGCCGACCUUUCAGUGCAUGCAAGGGAGUAUAUUGCUCAUCGUUUGCUUCACAUAGUGCUUAAACUGCAACAGGCGCUACUCAGCCACAACGAUCUGGAUUGGGAGAACAUUGAUGCCCGCCCAGACGGGUCUUUUCUUCUUAGUAAUUUUGAUGCUUGCAUUCCGUUCGGAAAAACAGUUGGAUAUAACGUACAUCUUUCUGGGAAGACCGUUGAGCCGAUGCUGCGGAUUCGAGCAAACACGUCUCCAGAAGAUGCGACGCCCUACGCUAACAGUGACCUUUGGUCCCUGGGAAUGCUCCUUUACGAGUUGUUCACAGGCGGGGACUUGCCAUAUACAAAUAAUCCCAGCAGGUAUACAGAAGAGGCAGUGGAAAUGGCCCAAUUCCUCAUGGAUAUGGAAGUGCAACCUGAAGAACUCGUCCUCAAACUGGAUGCCGUGAAAUGCCCUGUCAGAUGGAAACAGCUAAUUUUGAAGCUUCUUCAUCCCUCCAAUGGCCAAAGACUGGCGACGUGGGAUAUUUUUAUGGAAUUUCCUGACCUUGUAGGCCACCGCCUGCCAAGGUAA